GAGAUCGGCUGAAUGGAUUUGAACUGUUUAACUCUAGGGGAUGUGUAAAAUGAGCCUAUUUUCAAAAAAAGUGGAGUGUUCCUUUAAAGGGACUUUGAUAAUAUCAUUAAUUACUUUUGUCUAUUUUUAAAACCACCGCAGUGAUAGCAACACAACGCGUGAUGUUGCUGAGUGAAUAACUGUUUCUGAACGAACUAAUCGGUUGAAAUUGAAUAAAUGAUUCAAUGCCUCGAUCACCGUUCCUGAAUGAAUCAAUCGAGUGAAUAAUCGGUCAGACACACAGACUUUAUAGCCUCAUUGACCAUAUAAAUGCAAGUUUUUUCUGAGUAUCUGUGAUUAAAAAAGACACAGAUAAAUAAAAACUGAAGUGGAAGACUCCAUACAGGUAGUGUUGCUAUUGUUACUUCCUCAUGGUUGUGGGCAGAAAAUCAUGGGUCAGCCAUACGCUGUUUGUAGCCUCAUUGACCAAAUGCACUUUUUUUUCUCAGUAUCUGAUUAAAAAAAAGAUACGUUAAAUAAAAUCAUGUUACUUUCUCAUGGGAAAAAAAAAUAUGUUGUUCUGACUUCUCUGUUUUGAUGACAGUUGAAUAACUGACACCUGCAAACAGGAAGAUGCGGUAAAGAUUAUGCUUAUCAAAUGCAAAAUCAUCUUGCGAAGCAAGUAACCAUCUGUAUUUUUUCAUGUUUACCACUCUUUAUUUAUAGGAGAUGAUUCUGUAUCUACACUUGUCCUACCACACAGAAAUGUACUCGAUUGGGUCAUUGUGAUGAUAGUUUAGUUUCCCCACUGUCUUUGUCAAACACAGUCAUAGAAAGGGGGACCUGGAUUGGUCCAUAGAGCUUUCCUGAGAAGACCACUGUGCUGAGACAGCUGAAAACUGCCUAGCGGUAAUGAACAAAGAGCAGCGACCAGCAUCACCAGGUCUCUGUCACAAUAGUAUUAAAACAAAGAGCCUGCUUUCCAGAAGGCCAGGCCACCAUAAAGAGGCAUGCGCUGGUAGCUGUUGCCGUUUAGCUGAGGGGAGGUCAGUGGAUAUUUACUCUUGCAUUGUGGUCAUGUCUAUGGACUACUAGUAGCCUGUCACUUAAAAAGCAUCAGGACAGGAAUGCCUCUGCCACGACGCCGAUCCUCCUUCCUGGGCCAGGCUGCUGCGGAGCGGCCGGGCAGUGUGGGCCGCAUGAGUGGAGCAGGGACCUCUGCGCCUCGGGGAGUGUUUGUAGGCAUGGCUCCCACUGGAGGUACCAGCAGCCUGGGUGCACGCGUGUCCCGCAGAGCUCUGGGCAUGAGCAGCGUGUUUCUGCAGAGCCUUAGAAGCAACACCUUUCCUGUGGUGACCCAGCCCAGGGAUCGAAGCCACCAGCAUAGCUUCGACAGCCUUAACACGUGCCUGCUGGAGUAUCGUGAUAAAGUUCACGCUCUGGAGCAACUCAACCAACAACUGGAGGAACAGAUCAGACACUGCUUGGAAAGGAAAGCCGUCAGCGCUGGGACAUGGACUGGCUUAAAACAAGACUGGGAGGAUGUUUAUUUACAGGUCAGUGACAAUAUCCUGGACAAUGCUCGACUUAUGCUUCAGACUGAGAAUGUUCAAGCCACUGCAGAGGACUUCAAAGACAGGUACGAGAAUGAGCAGCCUUUUCGUAAAGCAGUGGAGGAGGAGAUUAACUCUCUGUACAAAGUCAUCGAUGAUGCAAACCUGACUAGGAUGGACCUGGAGAAUGAGAUUGACAGCAUGAAGAAUGAGCUGAUGAAUCUGGAGCAGAGUCACAUGGAGGAUGUUAGAGUGCUCUAUAAGCAGAUAUCCGGGCAUGAGGUUGAUGAGCCGGAUGCUCCCACUGAGACCAGCCUGGACCAGAUUCUGGCUUUCAUCCGUUCCCACUGGGAGAAGGUCAUUGAGAAGAAUCGUGCUGAGACUGAUGCUUACCUCGAGUGCAAGCAGGCUGAGAGUGUGAACAGUAAGCUGAGUCGAGAAGAAGAGGAGCUUGAGAGUCUGAAGACAGAAUGCAAUGAUGCCGGGUGCAAGAUUCAGAGUCUGCAGGCCGAGACUGAGUCUAUUAGAGCUCUGAAACGAGGCCUGGAGAAUGCCCUCAAAGAUGCUAAACACUGGCAUGACAUUGAGCUCCAAAAUCUGGGCUCUGUUAUCGGAAAGCUGGAGGCUGAGCUCUCAGACGUCCGUGGGGACAUUGAGCAGCAGCGUCGGGACUAUGAAACCUUGCUCAACAACAGGAAGAAGCUGGAGCUGGAGAUCGGAACAUAUCACGGAAUCCUGGACGGAGAGGAGAGCAGAUUCUACUCCACAACGUUCCCCGGUGGUUCUUCAGUACCUGAGGGACGAAUUGAUCCCACAUCUUCCACAUCUGAAACACAAAGCUGUCCACAGACGGAAGGUUCUAACGCUCCUGAUGCCCCAGAAGAAGGAAAGAAUGAAUGAAAUAUUUCAUUAAUCUUUGCAAAAAUCUUGAUUUUCAUUUAUUUCUCCUUACUUGUAUUUUUCAGCAUCUAUAGACUACAUGAUUGCUGUGCAGGUUAAGAAAUAAAUAAAAUAUAAGACAAAUUGAA